GUGGGUCGGGGCUUGGAGAACGGAGAAUGACGGGGGCGGCGGAGGCGAGCUGGCGGCCUCCGAGGCCUGAGGCCGGUGUCGGGUCGGAAGGAGGUGGGAUGCUCGCGGGGAGGCCUCGGGGUGCCAGGCUGUGGGCGAGGAGGCCGGCCAGACCCCAGGGCUCUCCGCCGUCUUGGUGCAGUGCUUUAUGCACCGCAGGCCUCGGUCGCCGCUGCUGUCUCGGUGUGCUCUUUGGCUGCAGGGAAGGGCAGGGGCUGGAGAAAGGGGAUUGCUUGCAGGAAGCAUAGUGGGAGUGCGAAAGGGGAGAAAGGGACCGGAGGGAAGAUGCCGGAUAGGUGGAGGAAUGCCGGGGGUGGCUGUGGAGCAGUCUUGAGGAUUCUGGGGGUGUUCAUUGUGCAGAUGUUAGGUGUUUCAUUAUGGAAAGAGCCGAACCGUUUCCAAGGCAAGGAAAGACGGCAUAGAGUAGUUUCUGCGGAUGUAAGGGAGAGCAUUUGAAACUAGAGGAGUGCUAAAUAUUAGAGAAGAUGCAGGGAAUGCAUAAUAGAAUAGACAGAUGUAGCGUAAUUAUCAAAUGCUGGCCCAAGGUCUAAAGAGUUAUUCCAGAUGGGCCAGAGUGGCCUAGUUCGGAACCUGUUUGGGCUCUUCAGUAGAUGACAUCCGACAUUUAUGUAGCUACUACAGUGAAGAUACAAACUUGAGGUGUCACAGAGGCCACCCCUCUUGCCACACCCUGUGACAGUCCCUUCAUAACUCUGCUCUCUGACUCCUGGCAGCCUGUCCCCUAGCUCUGUGGUUUUGCCAUUUCCAGAAUGGUAUGUAGUGAAUAGAAGAGAAGAAUCAGUGGCUUGGAAAUUGAGCCAAGUGACCUGGCGGGAUGGGCAUUUGCCUGACACAUUUUAUAGAGGAAUUGGAUGGCACAAGUGACUGAGAGGAUCUGGAGAGUUUCUGGAGCCUGGGAAAGGUAGAAACUCAACCAUGAUUUCUUUCUCAACUCAACAGCAUUCCUUUCCUUGAAGUCUUCAUUUUUACUUCGGUCUCAGGCAGUUAUACUUAAGCAUGAACAUUGACGACAGACUGGAAGGAUUGUUUCUUAAAUGUGGCGGCAUAGACGAAAUGCAGUCUUCCAGGGCAACGGUUGGAAUGGGUGGAGUGUCUGGCCAGUCCACCGUGUCUGGAGAACUGCAGGAGUCAGUACUUCAAGAUCGAAGUUUGCCUCACCAGGAGAUCCUGGCUGCAGAUGAAGUGCUACAAGAGAGUGAAAUGAGGCAACAGGACAUGAUAUCGCACGAUGAACUCAUGGUCCAUGAGGAGACAGUGAAAAAUGAUGAGGAGCAGAUGGAAACACAUGAGCGCCUUCCUCAAGGGCUUCAGUAUGCACUUAACGUCCCUAUAAGUGUAAAGCAGGAAAUUACUUUUACUGAUGUAUCUGAGCAGCUGAUGAGAGACAAAAAACAAGUCAGAGAGCCAGUAGACUUACAGAAAAAGAAGAAGCGGAAACAACGCUCUCCUGCAAAAAUCCUUACAAUAAAUGAGGAUGGAUCACUUGGUUUGAAAACCCCCAAAUCUCACGUUUGUGAGCACUGCAAUGCUGCCUUUAGAACCAACUAUCACUUACAGAGACAUGUCUUCAUUCAUACAGGCGAAAAACCGUUUCAAUGUAGUCAAUGUGACAUGCGUUUCAUUCAGAAGUACCUGCUCCAGAGACACGAGAAGAUCCAUACCGGUGAAAAACCAUUUCGCUGUGAUGAAUGUGGUAUGAGAUUCAUACAGAAAUAUCACAUGGAAAGGCACAAGAGAACUCACAGUGGAGAAAAGCCUUACCAGUGUGAAUACUGCUUACAGUAUUUUUCCAGAACAGAUCGUGUAUUGAAACAUAAACGUAUGUGCCAUGAAAAUCAUGACAAAAAACUCAACAGAUGUGCCAUCAAAGGUGGCCUUCUAACGUCAGAGGAGGAUUCUGGCUUCUCUACGUCACCAAAAGAUAAUGCACUGCCAAAAAAGAAAAGGCAGAAAACUGAGAAGAAAUCAUCUGGACUGGACAAAGAGAGUGCAUUGGACAAAUCGGACCUGAAGAAAGACAAAAAUGAUUACUUGCCUCUCUACUCUUCAAGCACUAAAGUAAAGGAUGAGUACAUGGUCGCAGAGUAUGCUGUUGAAAUGCCACACUCUUCAGUCGGAGGAUCUCAUUUAGAAGAUGCAUCUGGAGAAAUACACCCACCCAAGUUGGUUCUCAAAAAAAUCAAUAGUAAGAGAAGUCUGAAACAGCCCCUGGAGCAAAAUCAAACCAUUUCACCCCUGUCCACUUACGAAGACAGCAAAGUCUCCAAGUAUGCGUUUGAACUUGUGGAUAAGCAGGCUUUACUGGACUCAGAAGGCAGUGCCGACAUCGAUCAGGUGGACAACUUACAGGAGGGGCCCAGCAAACCUGUGCACAGCAGCACUAAUUAUGACGAUGCCAUGCAGUUUCUGAAGAAGAAGCGCUAUCUUCAAGCUGCAAGUAACAACAGCAGGGAGUAUGCACUGAAUGUGGGUACCAUAGCUUCUCAGCCUUCUGUAACACAAGCAGCUGUGGCCAGCGUCAUUGAUGAAAGCACCACAGCGUCCAUAUUGGAUUCCCAGGCACUGAAUGUGGAGAUUAAGAGCAAUCAUGACAAAAAUGUCAUUCCAGAUGAGGUCCUACAGACUCUGCUGGACCAUUAUUCCCACAAAGCUAAUGGACAGCAUGAGAUUUCCUUCAGUGUUGCAGAUACGGAAGUGACGUCUAGCAUAUCAAUCAAUUCUUCUGACGUACCUGAAGUCACCCAGUCAGAGAAUGUUGGAUCAAGCUCCCAAGCAUCCUCAUCAGAUAAAGCUAACAUGUUGCAGGAGUACUCCAAGUUUCUGCAGCAGGCUUUGGACAGAACUAGCCAAAACGAUGCCUAUUUGAAUAGCCCGAGCCUUAACUUUGUGACUGAUAACCAGACCCUUCCAAAUCCGCCAGCAUUCUCCUCCAUAGACAAGCAAGUCUAUGCAGCCAUGCCCAUCAAUAGCUUUCGAUCAGGAAUGAAUUCUCCACUAAGAACAACUCCAGAUAAGUCUCACUUUGGACUGAUAGUCGGUGACUCACAGCACCCAUUUCCCUUUUCAGGUGACGAGACAAACCACGCCUCUGCCACAUCAACAGCAGACUUUUUGGAUCAAGUGACUUCUCAGAAGAAAGCUGAGGCCCAGCCUGUCCACCAGGCUUACCAAAUGAGCUCCUUUGAACAGCCCUUCCGCGCUCCUUAUCAUGGAUCCAGAGCUGGAAUAGCGACUCAAUUUAGCACUGCCAAUGGACAGGUGAACCUUCGGGGACCAGGGACAAGUGCUGAAUUUUCAGAAUUCCCCUUGGUGAAUGUAAAUGAUAAUAGAGCUGGGAUGACAUCUUCACCAGAUGCCACAACUGGCCAGACUUUUGGCUAAAAAAAAAAAAAAAAAAAAAAAAAAAGAUGUGUAAAUAAUACUGGCACUUUAGAACAGAUUAAUCAAGAGUGGGGUUACUCUGUGUAAAAUGGAGUGCUAUACAGAUUUAAGAGCAAUGCGUUCAUAGCAAGCUGAUAAGAAUAGCAAGAUAAUCCAGUAACUGCAUUUCGUUUGGUUAGCCCGCCUUCCUUGAACUGCCUUACGUGUUGUCACCGUUAGAGGAGCGAUGCGUUACUUGUUUUAGAUCAGAGCCUUGCUGUUCACCCACACCAAGAUAAAGAGGAGGAGAAAAGACUUUCGCACAAUUGUUUCCUAACUGAUAACAUUGUACAUUCUUAGGAGAGUAGUAAUUGUGUGAAAUUUCCUCAUACUGUUUCUAAGUUUUUCAGCAUAGUAUUGCACUUCAGCAGGGAAUCUGAGGAUACUUCACAGACGACAGUGAACUUAAAGUUUCAAUGUCAAGAGAUUAUGGCUUAAAUAAGUAGUUUGUCCUAUAGGGGGAAUAAAAAGAAACCACCUUAAAAAAUGAUAUGCCAUAUACCCUUGAUUUUCAGUUUGCAUUAUAUUGACAUGUGGUUUUUUUUUUGAAGAAAAAGUAAUAAAAAUCUGAUAGUCUUAAGACUCCACUAUUUAAAAGCCUAAUUACUUUUAAAGUAUGCAUACUUUCAAAACUUUUACCAAAACACACAACUGUUGAAGCAUUUACUUCUCUAUGGAAGUAUGCAUAUUGGUGUCAGUUUCUUUGUACAGGUAUACUUAGAUAUUUUUUAUGAUUUUUCAUGUGCAAGUAUCAAGGUUUGAAGUUUUAGUAAAAAAGAAAUAUUCUGUAGAUUACAUUCCCAAGAAAAUAAUGCUUACACAAAAUGUAUAUUCCACGUUUUAAAGCUGAAAUGUAUUUUACUUUACACACUUCAGUUGACAUAGAGCACUUAGGAUUAAUCUGGUAUUUUGAUUUCUCAAAGUUAAAAAAAUAGAUUUUUUUAGGUUUGAUAUGGUUGUGUCAUAAUCAUCUCGUAAUUGACAAUUUUGCUUUUUGGCAAUAAAAGGAAGUUGGGAUAUCUUUGGACUGUAAAACCUGGUUUAAUUCUUCUCUUUCUGGACUCUUGAUAGAUUGGAUAAUUAAACAGUAUCCCAAGAAACUAAAGAAAUGGGCAUUUUAAUUGCUUACUUAAGUUACUUUUAAGUGAAUACUGCUCAUGACAGUUUUACAAAGCGGAAGUGCUUACUGAUUCCAGUAACUGCAAUUUCUUUUUCAGCUAGAUGAGUGAUCGAAAAUUUUUUGUUGCAUUUCAAAAUCUAAAUAAACUAUAGACUUUAUCCUUAUACCACGAAUGUUUUUUUUUAUAUAUGUAUACUUUGUCUUAAAAUAAUACAGCAUGGUACAAUAAAUAGUGCUUUUAUAUACAUAUAUCUAUACACUUUUAUGAAGAAUGAUGGUUUGAGUUACACAUUGGACAGGUUUAAUUUUUGGAGACUUAACAUUAGUUACACUGACUCUCCUUUUAUUUGUUCCACCUUUUUGGGUUUUGUACUUAAAUUUCUGCCAUCUUUAUCACAGUGCACCAGUGGUAACCCGAAACUAGUACCCUUGGGAAACGGAGCUUUCGUUGACUUCCCUUUACUUGCUGUUGACCUGUAGAUCUGUGUGCUUUGUUCUAGUGUUGAGUAUGUUAUCCAUUUAAAUUAUUGUUCUUUUAUUUAAUGUUAUCCCAAGACUGUUCUCAUAAAGAAAGGGAACAAAGAAAUAUCCUUCCCCAGUGUCCUUCACUUACACUCAUUUAUUUUUUAAUAUGUUGGUGUUUUUAUGACAAGGAAUAUAAGUUAUGUUUAAUGUGGUUUCUCUACAUUUUGUAAUGAAACUUGGCUUGAAAUCAUAGUUUUCCCAUUUGACAGCUUUGCUGUCAGAGCUUCAAGAACUUUAAGACUUCUUUGAAGUAAAUAUUUUAAGUUCUGCCAUUAUUGAUCUGAAGACUGAUGUGUGUCUAUGACGCAUCAUGUAACCGCAGGAAUGCUUCAUCAGAUGAGGUGUUAUGGGACCGUGCUCAUCCUCGAUGGGCGUUUGUAUUUUUCUCAUAGUACUUUUGAUAAGAGUAGACAUUUAUUUCCUAAGUUGAGCCUGAUUUUAAAAACACGUAGUUCCGCUGAGAACUGAAUGUGUUUCUUGUCCAGUGGAAGGGGUUUUGUUUGUAACAUCACCAGCACAUGUUUAAGAAUGUGGCGGUUGCUGAGUGCUUCAGGUAAGCUUAGGAAGAAAAGCCUUUGAAAAUGGAAGUUCUGUAAACAGAAUUUCAGGCAUUGCAUUCCUGUCUUAAACACAUUUCUUUACAUCGACACGAUGGCAGCCUUUCCUACCAGGUUAAGCAUUUGAGAUAACCGAUAGCCAGCAUAACUUAUUGACUUACCAUUUCAGUACAGCCAUCACUCUUACUGUGAAGUCCUGAAUGCCUGCCAGGCUCAGCCUGUCUCUUCAUCAUGCGAGAAACAUCUCAAAAGUUUGGGGUUCUCCACUUUGGUUCAGAAAGUUCUGGGCGUUAGAGGAAGGAAGUGGCCUUGUGUGCUGCUGUAGCGGAUCCCUGUCGGUUCACACUUCUCAUCUCUCUCUGUGAGCAAAUUCUUGUAGAGGAGUAGCUCCCAGUGCCCUUCAGCUUUUGCUCACCAUGAACCUGUUCUGCUCUCUCUCACAGGUUCUUCCUGGCCUGGUCUGGGCUUGGGAGACCUCCCACUAGACAAGGCAGGAGCUCUCCAGCAUCUGAAAGCAUUGUUGCUUUUUGAACUUCAGUUCUUACUGCACAUGUAUUCCGUUGGGUUUGGAAUAGCUGAGUGGCUCCUACUUUUUUUUUUUUUUUUUGGAUCUACAGUGCGCAUGUGCUACCUAGUCAGGUAGGGACCCACCAUCUUAGCUCUGACUCAGGGUGCCAGCAAUGGGUCAUUUUAUCUCCAGAGAGGUAGAAGAGGCCUUGUGCUCAGGGCAAGCUUUCAUUCCCACAGAUGAGAGACACUUGCAAAGUGCCAGUGAGGUUAGAUCUUUUGCCAUUUCUUUGGUUUUUAUUAAUUUGGGUUUUUAAAGGGCUGUUUUAAAAAAAAAUAAAAAAUAAAUAAAAAGAGGCCGGGAACCUUUGCGUAGGCACGCUGCAUACUGCACUCCCUAGGACCGUUAAACUAGAGCGCACCCUUUUCCAGUGUAUUUACUUGAAGAAGCACUAUUAUAAUCAGUGAGAAUUUAUUUGAGUCUGCAAUUUAAUUUAAACCUUUUCCGUUUCAAAUUGCUUUAUUUCAGGGAAAUAAUUUUCCAGUUGUUUUUGCUAUAUUCUGCAAAUAAAAACCGUAUGUUUCCUUUUUCCACCUAAACUUUGGUAGGAAACAAACUAAAGCAGACAAACAUUUCUUGUUGUGUUUGUUGCUUUCUUUAAUCCAAUGGAUAAAAAAGUAAAACCCUGUAAACAUUAUUUUAUUUUUUUAUGCAAUACCAUGCUGUAAAUACGGUUCAUCGAGUAAGGAUGUACCUAUGAUUGAAUCUUUAAUUCUGCACAGUUAGAGUUUAUAUAUAAACGUGUCUUGACAAUCAAGGACUUUGAUGUGAGUCUUCCUUUAUGAUGUUUAUUAAUGUUAUGCAUUCCAUUUGUUUGAAGUGAGUACCAAUGUGCUAAUUUGUAUUGUCUGAAAGUAUGUAAUGUUUUUACAGCUUGUUUUUAAGACUCUGUAAAUAUGUACAAACCAAUCACAGUACGGCUUUAUGUUAGAAGGCGUGUGAUGUUGUACUGUAUGUAAGCAAUAAUACAUAGCAGUGCUAACUUUACAAGUAGCAUCAGGAACGUUCUAUAGAGACAUUUCAGAGUUAUUAGUUAUCCUUAUUUCAUUUAAUAAUGAUUAUCUUUAAUCAGUUUUUAUAAGCAAAUUCCAUUGUUCCUUCUGUUGGAACGUAACACUGUUUACACAGCAUAAUUGAUGUUGCAGGGGAGACAGGCUAGACCUGACCCCAUCUGCACUCACUCUCACUAAGCAUUGAAUGGCCUUACCACUCUUGUGCAAAGAUGGAGAAAGACCGCAGAACUUAGUGCCCAUCACACUGAAGGAAGGGAUGUGUUUUUUUCCUGCUUCUGUACCGCUACCUAACUUUGUGGUUUGCUUUAGGUUUUAAUAUCUGUUUCUGUUUUAGAUUCAAGCCCGUAAGUGUUCAGGUAACUUCAGUUCAAUUGUGAAGUAGAUAAAUUUCUUCAUAUUUCAUAGCUACAUUUCAAUGAUUCUAAACUUUCUACUUUGAUUUUUAGAUACUUAUUUUUCAAGCUUGAUUUCUCAGCUGACCAGAUGAAUUUACUCAACUUCAAUACAAAGAAAGACAGACUUAUAGCUUGAAGUGAGUAGACACUGUACUGUACAGAACAGCUCUCAGAACACCCGCCACUGCUUUAGAAACGAAGCCGCCAAUUUCUAAAUGAUUAUGACUACAUUUUAUAGGGAAAUGUUUUUAACGCUAGUCAUUUCUAUAAUGUGCUUGGAAGGAUUUGCUAGUCCACUCCUGUCACUUUUUAGUACACUGGUACCUUUUCUAUGUAAUGUAUGCUUUUUAUUAUUGUAGCCAAGCAUUUCAGUAGAAAGAAUUUUGCAACAAUACGGGGGAAAUUUUUCAUUGUCGGGUUUGAAUUAUACUGGAUUUUAUCUGUCUAGUCUUACUUGUCUUUAUUUUAAUGCUGUCUGGAAGGGACCUUGGUACCCAAAUAAAGCAGGUUAACCUCAUUGCUUCAAGGGCAUACUGUGUAGUGCUGAGUUUCACCUGGAAAUCUGAUGACUUUGAAAAGAAAAACACAUUUAUAAAAAUUGUACAGAAGAAAUUAAAUGUGUGAUGGAAAUCCUGAUGGUGGAGCACGUUGAAUUUUCUGAGACAUAGUGUUAUUUUCCUGGAAUCCCUUAUGCCUUCUUUGUAUUCCAACCAAUAAAAGAAAACUUUGUCAUUGAAAGUGGUAGGCUGAUAGGAUAUUCUAAUUAUGCAUAUACAGUAUUACUUUUCCUGUCUUACUCUCUGGCCCCUUCUCAAUCACUGUAAAUUUUUAUUUUCUAUUUCCUAUUGCUAAUUAAACAUGUAUAUAAUGUA